AAAACAAUUUAUGUUGAUUGUGGGUUAGGUGGCCUAGGAGGUAGGUGGCCUUGUAAGAGUAUGGGUUAUUACCAGAAGAUCUCGGACAAAUCACUCGAACACAAGAUCAUCACAAUCACUUGUUCUCUUAUUUUGGUGAAAUUGGAUACAUAUAUUUGCAGGCAGCAAUUGGAAUGGCAGAAAACAAGCAGGUGAUAUUCAAGGGGUACAUAGAUAGAUCACCAACGGAGACAGACAUGGAACUGAGGAUUAACAAAGUAGAGCUGAAAGUCCCAAAAGGGUCGGGUGCAUUCUUGGUCAAGAAUCUCUACCUCUCUUGCGAUCCAUAUAUGAGAGGCCGUAUGCGUGAUUUCCAUGGUUCUUACCUCCCUCCGUUCGUCCCUGGUCAGGCCUUGGAAGGUUUUGGCGUCUCAAAGGUUGUGGAUUCUGAUAACCCGAAUUUCAAGCCAGAUGAUUUAGUAUCAGGAAUAACUGGUUGGGAAGAGUACUCUCUGAUUCAGAAACCUCUGCAGUUGAGAAAAAUUCUGCAACAUGAUAUCCCUCUCUCGUACUAUUUGGGUCUUCUUGGUAUGCCGGGGUUUACAGCAUACGCAGGAUUUUAUGAGGUCUGUUCCCCUAAGAAAGGGGAGUAUGUUUUUGUCUCUGCAGCUUCUGGAGCCGUUGGUCAGCUUGUUGGACAAUUUGCUAAGUUGCUUGGCUGCUAUGUAGUUGGAAGUGCUGGCUCAAGCCAGAAGGUUGAUCUUUUAAAGAAUAAGCUGCGAUUUGAUGAAGCUUUCAAUUACAAAGAAGAAUCAGACCUAGAUGCGGCUUUGAAGAGGUACUUCCCACAAGGCAUUGACAUUUACUUUGACAAUGUGGGUGGUGACAUGCUUGAUGCAGCAUUGGUUAACAUGAGGAUUCAUGGACGGAUUGCAGUUUGUGGAAUGGUUUCUCUGGACAGCCUUUCUAAACCCAAAGGGAUCUUUAACUUAUCCAAUCUCAUAAUGAAACGAAUCAGGAUGCAGGGAUUUCUGCAAAGUGAUUAUUUGCAUUUAUAUCCACAGUUUUUGGAAUAUAUUGUCAGCAAUUACAAGCAAGGGAAGAUAGUUUACAUUGAAGACAUGAAUGAAGGAUUAGAAAGUGCUCCAGCUGCCUUGGCUGGGUUAUUUUCUGGCAAAAAUGUGGGUAAGAAAGUUGUGCGCAUAGUGCAUGAAUAACUCUUCAUUUGAAAGGAAGAAAAACUGGAUUGGGAAAAAGAGCAUAGCAAUGGUAAAGGUGUUAUGAGCUCUUACCAAUGCAUUCAAAAAUUUCAAGACCCUUUCAAAUUUUUAUUUGAGAUUGCCAUUGGUAGAUUCUAAAUUUUGUAUUAUCUGCACAAGUUGCACCAAUUGGGAGAUGAUUCAGAAUCAGUCAUGUAUUAUGGAUGAAUUAUAUAUGUGAUAUUUAGUAUGGUUGUCAGUUUUUUGUGCAA